AUGGGAAUUGCUCGAGGUAUGGAUUACAUGCAUUCAGGAUGCAAAACCAAAAUCAUUAAUUCGGAUAUCAAAGCAGAAAACAUACUUCUAGAUGAACACUUAUCUCCUAAGAUGUCUGACUUUGGACUUGCCAAUCUGUGUGCCAAGAAUGAGACCUAUUUCUCCGUGUCUAAUGCUAAAGGGACCUCGGGAUAUGUAGCUCUGGAAGUGGCGAAUAAAAAUCGUUUUGAUGGAAUUUUAGAAAAAGCAGAUGUUUAUAGCUUUGGUAUUCCUUUAAGACCAGAUGAGGGGAUGACAACAAAUGACAAAGAGAUAUUAAAGAAAAUGACAAUCAUAGCUUUAUGGUGCGCGCAAAAGUCUCCAUAUGAUAGACCUACUAUGAGAGAGGUUAUCAAGUGGUUGGAAGGCAGCGUGGAUUUCCUAACUAAGCCACCAAAUGAGCUCUUCUCCUACUAA